GCGCGCAGCAGACGACAAACGGAGUCGCAGACGACGGUCCAAAAUCGGGUACGGAUGUUUUUUUAUCAGUGAAAAUCUUUGAAUACUUCCGAUUUGACUUCCGUUUCCGGUCGUGGUGUUCUGUGAGUGGUCGGUACAGGUCGGUUCUGUACAGUGCGUUUCUCCCGUCACCGAAGUCGCGGGCAUAUGGAUGCCACCGCAGUGCUGUACUCGUGAUUCUGUGUUUGUUUUUGUUUCUGGCAGGCGCUUUCUGACGAGGCGGAGGCUUUCAGUGGAAAUGAGGAAAUAACCGACGCGGUCUCCGUCAAUCGUACUUCUGUGUGCAAUAUUAAUAUCGUUUGAGGUAAACAACGGUACAGUGUUUUCUAAUUCACGCCACAGUCUCUUAAUUUCACUGUACACUAGAGUUUUGUAUACGAGUGUGUGUCUCCUGCUUGUGAGUGUGUUGUUUUCAGUUCACCAACAAAAUAUUUCAAAUGCAGUGUUUGUUUUGAAGGAAGUGCAGUGCCUGAUCAUCCUGGACCCGGAAGUAGGAUAUACAUCUCUGAGGAUGGAGGGAGGUGCGGUGGCUGGGGAGAUGACCUGGCUGCUGUGAUGACGUAGCUCCACCACGGAUCAGUCUGACUGCGUGGCCUGGACGAACAUCAAUAGCCGGCACAGAUGUCCUGACCAAGGCUCCCGGGGCAGGAUGGCUGCCCCAGACGACGACUACGUGCGGCGGGAGAGGUUGCUGCUCCUCCACCACUCCGGCGACCGGUACUUGGUACCACCGGGUCCCGGAGAACGCUACAUCCCGCCACCCGAUCGCUACCUGCCGCCUCCCGCCCCGGCGCCCUCGGACCGCUACCAUCCCGCCUCGCCCGCCACUUCAGACCGCUACAACCCGCCCCCUGCUCCAGCGCCCAACGAGCGGUACGUUCCACCUCUCUCGCCUUCCCGGUACGACCGCUACACGGACCGUUACCAGGACAGAUAUUACCAGGACCGCUUCUCCCCCCAGUCGCCUUCCAGUUACCACUCGGAGCGUAGCUACCUAUGCGGCAAUUUAGACAGGUAUAUAAACUCCGAGCGGUUUCUUCAGAGUCCUCCUACCUCCGUGACCCCGGGCGGUCCCGGGGACCCUUACAUGAGAAGGGACCUGGGGUACCACCACCACUACCGGCUCCCGCCUCCACCGGGGUUCUACCAUCCGGUGUACCAGCGGACCUUGCCUUCGGCUCCGAUGAGGCAUCACGUGGUCCACCACCGAGGGCACGUCCGCUGCUGCCCCAGUCUCUACCCGCAGGACUAUGUGCGUGAGGGGAACGGUGGGGGAGGGAGUGCGCGAGAUUACGUCACCUCUCCUGUCCUUCCCCGGGGACGGACUUGCUCGAACAGGCUAACCGGUAACGGAAGUGCGACGUCCACCGGAACUACUCCGGUGGAGUACGUGGGCUCUAGUGGAGGGCGGUACGUCUCCACCACCCCGCCCUUACCGCGAUGUAGCAGCGUGAGUGAUGUGAAGAACGGUGAGUGUGUGAACACCAGGAGACCUUGUGAUAGUAUGACGUUGUGCUGCACCACGAGACGACCUCUGCCUCAGCAAUGUAACACGCAACUGCUGACUCCCCACCACAACUCUGUAUGGAGAGCGGUCGGCCAGUCUCCCCCCUCGCCAACCCCUCCUCCCACCACACAGCCGCCAUCGUUGCCUACCCUUACUACACCAAGCACUUCCCCAAGCGCCCAGAUGGAGCCAACGUCUCACCCUUUCAUCAGGUCGAUUUCGGCUCCCACCGCCCCCACCGGUCCCGGGUCCGAGCCUCCUUCUCCUGACCCUGAGGAGGUGGAGGCGGCAGAGCAGGUGGCUCCUCUUCAGCAACCACCACUGGCCCUCCGUCUACAACCACCCAGGAAGCGGCUCCUCCAUCAGGCCUCUGCCCCAGUCACUCAAGCUGAGAUGAGGAGAGUGAGAAUGACCAGGACGGAGGUCGUCAAAGACUUCAUCAAGAGGGAGACGGCAGUGUUCUUGGGGGUUGAUAAGGACACGGAAGCCCGGGAGAGGGCGCGAUGGUUAGAACGCCGCAAACGUAUGUGCACACGGAAGUACGGCCUAAAGAAGGAGCAUUGUAUCCAGGAGAGACCUCAGGACGCGAGGCCGACCAGGGAUUCUAGCGAAAUGGCACCAAGAGACGAGACCGAGGACUCGUUGCGCCUGACGGAACCCCCCGUGCGCCGGAAACCCUCGGUAGCCAAAAUGACUUUCAAGGGGAUGGCGCUGGUAGUGCAGACGUUGGGACGACAUCGUGGCGCGCAUCAGUCCACACUGAGCAGGCAGAUGUCCCGCAGCUACUCCCCUUCCACUGUGCCUGUAACCCCGGAUCCAUCCUCACCACUGGAGGACGAGGUCUUUUACUCCGUGGAUCAUUUUGGAUCGGACGAACCCACCACUGCUGCCUCUACAACAGCUGAUACAAUCGAUUCCAUGCAUCCUCCCACAAUUCCAGAGGAAGUUAAUCCUCAACAAAGACUGAACCGACAUAGCAGCUGGAAGCGGCAGGAUAAGCAGAAGGACGAGGGUCCUGCUGGUCACGUGGGUCUCAGCAGGAUAUACAGCAAUCAUCUAGAGGGGGUUGUGGACAACUCAAACAGACGCCAGUAUGGAAUGGGCAUCGUAGGACGACUGUUCGGCCGAUCUCUGAAAAGGUCAGUGACCGCCAGGGAGCCGGUGAAAGAACAGCUGGAAGACUUGGAAGAUCAUAGACCGUUCUUCACGUACUGGGUUACCACGGUGCAGAUCCUAAUCCUGUUCUUCUCUCUCUUCUGUUACGGGUUUGGCCCCGUAGGAAUCGAUCUUCACCAAGAGUCGGGACUGGUGCUGGUUACCAGUUUGUCUUUACAGCAAGUGGAGUUUAACGAACCAGCGAAUUUCUGGAUUGGACCAAGAGCGGCUGAUCUGAUCCACCUGGGUGCCAAGUUCGCUCCGUGCAUGCGCAGGGAUGCCAAGAUCAUCAAGGAAAUAGAGAAGGGCAGGGAGAAGGAGAGAGAGACGGCGUGCUGUAUACGGAACGACGAUUCUGGCUGUGUACAGUCCUCGCAGGCAGACUGCUCUCAUUUGAGACCUACGAAAACAAUCUCUACGUGGAAGAAGUGGUCACCAGGGGACUCGGGCCCGGGAGGCCGUAUCUCUGGAACUGUUUGUGGUCUAGACCCCAAGUUCUGCGAAGCACCGCCGUCUGUGGCUCCUUACGAGUGGCCAGAUGACAUCACCAAGUGGCCGAUCUGCCGCAAGACCUCUAGAAGUAGUGAGAGGCAGCUGAGAGAUCGACAGAAAGACCGGCUCACGGCAGAACACAUGGUUUGUGAGGUGAUAGGACACCCAUGCUGUAUAGGCAUUCACGGCAGUUGUAGGAUCACUACUAGAGAGUACUGUGAUUUUGUACACGGCUACUUCCACGAGGAGGCUUCUCUCUGCUCACAGGUAUCGUGUCUUGACAACGUAUGUGGAAUGAUACCCUUCUACUCGCCAGAAGUGCCCGACCAGUUCUAUAGGCUGUGGACUUCCCUUUUCCUUCAUGCAGGUAUUAUUCACCUGGCUAUCACUCUUGUUCUGCAAUGGUUCAUGAUGAGAGAUCUAGAGAAAUUGACCGGCUCUGUGAGGAUCAUGUUUAUCUACAUGAUCUCUGGAGUGGGUGGUAAUCUCGCCAGCGCCAUUUUCGUACCCUACAGGGCGGAUGUGGGACCAGCAGGAGCACAGUUCGGGUUGCUAGCUUGUCUCAUGGUCGAGGUUAUCAAUUGCUGGCAAAUGUUGCGCAACCCUCGUCAAGCCUUGCUGAAACUGGUCUGCAUCGUCCUCUUCCUGUUCUUAUUCGGUUUGCUGCCUUGGGUAGACAACUUCGCCCAUCUCUUCGGCUUCGUCUUCGGCUUCCUCCUGUCCUUUGCCCUCCUGCCGUUCGUCUCCUUCGGCGAGUACGACCGCCAGAAGAAGAUCUGCCUUAUAUGGUUUUGUUUGAUAACAUCCGGCAUCCUAUUCCUAACGUUGCUGCUGUCCUUCUACAUCUUCCCGAUCUAUGACUGCCAGUCCUGCAGCUACUUCAAUUGUCUCCCCCUCACCGAGGACUUCUGCGCGACGCAGAACAUCAACUUCAAGCGAGAAGAGGCCGAAGUAUGACACAAGGUCAGGCGGCGUUAUCACCGCUACAGAUCUCACGUCACUCACCGUCUCCACGCCAACUUCUCGUUCGCUGCUAGCAUUUGCUUGUGACCUUUGGGGCACUUCGACGGUCUUAAAUAUUUCAACGAAUUCUCGUCGCAAUUUUUGCAGAUUAAAUUCAAAUCUAUUGCACUGUUUUUAACGAGUUUUCAAAAUUACUACACAUAUUCAAAGAGACUUUUCAAGAAAAUUUAUUUAUAAAAAUGUAUUAUUUAUUGAAGAAUAUAUUUUGAAUUAAUUAGAACAUUGUAAUGUUAUAAUACAAUUACGAGAUUUGAGUAGUAGCAUGAGGAUAUUAGCUGCCAUUUUAUAACUGAAAUUAUAUUUAAAGCAUUUUCUAAAUAUCAACGUACCUUCAUCCUCUAUUCCCUGCAACUGCAUUAUAAGUUCUUAUAGUAUAUUUUAAACAAAUAUUUGUAUUGCAAUACUGUUAUAUAUUAAAUAUACUAACGUCGAAGUCCCACAAAGGCCCUUGAAAGAUCUGUCUACUGUCGGGUGAGGACAAAGCUGUGACUGCUACACUUGUAAAAACACAGGAGUCUUGUAAAAAUGUAAAAAUAUGAAGAAACAUUUAGGUUCCAAGGUGACUGAUUAAUUUUAAGUAGUGCGCGCCCCAGUGAGAAGAGUGCACAAAACAGACUCAACCGGACAAUAUUUUUAUCAUAGUGGGUAUUUUGUAACUUGUAACAUAUUAUAUACAUAACUGAUGUGAGUUUCGGUUUAAAUGUAGCCGAAAAGUCUUUCAUGAUCGCGAUCAAGCUCAACAGCGUGACGAGCGGUACACUCAUGAUGGAGUUCACCCGGAAUAUGUAAAUUAUAUUUUUCCGGUUUUGUAUAUACAUACCGUACCAUAUUUAUUAAUGUAUAAGUAUAACAUUUUUGGGGUUACCGACCCUGCUGGGAAGCUUGUACUGUGUGGCUGGAGAUUGGCAAUUUUCGCCCCGUUUCUAUCCUUACGCUAUUUAUAUAUAGGUUAGGUGAGGUGAAAGCGUUGUUGUUUCGUUAAUUACGUUUACUAAACAUCUUUUUGGAUGUAUAAAUAUAAUAUUGCGUUGUACUUGUUGGAGUUAUUUCAAUAAUUUAUAAGUUAAUCAAAUUUUGUUUUAUACAAUCAAUUCAAACUGUUUUUUAACGUUUUACCUUUAGAUACUAAUAAAUUACUUACUUUUUUAAUACAUUGGUUACUAAAUAUAGUUUUGAUUAUUAUUAUAAAUAUAUGUUUUUUUACAAUUUACACUCGUAAGUAUUUAUAAAAGGCAUUAAAUUAAUAAUGAUUAUGUUAUAUAUCUGCUUAUAUUUUUUUUUAUCAUUAGCUUAAAUUUUAUUUAUGCGUAAAAACCCAAAAAUUUUAUGUGCCCGUAAGUUGUUUUAUGUGUUUAAGGCCAAAAUAUUUCUUGGUUGUUUAAUUUUAAUAACCAAUUAAAGCUCAACAAUAUAUACGUUUCUUAAAAGACAUUUAGCAUUUUUUAUCAGUAUAAUUCCAUUAUAUAUAUUAUUUUAGGGUAUUUUAUAUUGUGAUUAAAGCACGAUGUUGUUUUUCCAGUUUGCAAUUUGUUUUCACUUUUCGGUGUAGUAAAGUAGGAUUUCAGUGACAGUAUUGUGGAAAUGUGGUACAGUAAAUGCUUGCUUUGACUCUAACCCCAACCUUCAACAUUCACAGUGAACGUGUUUUGUACAACGAAACUUUACCCUUAGUUAUAAAUAUAUAAACACUCUUAACCGCGAUAAAUGAAAUUACAAGGAAUUUAAUGAUUUGCUCAUAGUAAGUACAUAAUAUAUAAAAUUUCAGUAUUGAAUUUGAGUGAUAUUUGGUAAUAUUUAGUUAUAAGAUACACAUUGCUUCAAAUAAUUGCUGUAUUUUGUUACAGACAGUUUAUUUCUAUUUAAGGUUUAUUGAUGAAAUUUAUAGGCCUACUUAAAUUGCAUGUGACCAAUGUUGGCUUGCUAUUUAAACCACCUUCAACUAAAAUAAAAAAAAAACAAUAUGCUUAGUUUAUUGCCUAUCUGUGAUUCAGAAAAAAAUAUUUUACUAACUCUAACACAGUGAAAUUUACUUGGAUGUAAACAUUUGCAAUGCUCAUUAUAGAGAAUGUUGACAUCCUAAAUAAGAUUUUGAAUAGAAAUAAUUAUCAUUAUCAAUUCGACGAUGUUGGAAAUUAAAAACAAUAUACCGCCUGAAAAAUAUUUAAUAAAUUAUAAACCCAAUUCAAAGGAUGAAUUUUAAAUUUUUAUAAUUUUGAAAUUUAUAACAGCUCAAAUAAGAAACCUUUAACAAUGCGCACUUAAAUAUUUUCGCACAUUUAUGCCAUUGUUCACAAAGAAUUUUUAAACUGUUAAUAAAUGGUUUUAGUUCAUAGAUAAUUUAUGUUUUUAUCUCAUUCAUUUGAGUAGAUUUCUUGUAUUACUAUUAAAGAGUUACAGUAAGUAGGCCUAAAAUGAAACUCGUUAUAAAAUAAGUUGUAAUAUUUUUGUAUUUUUUAUUUAAUAUAAUUAGUAUAUUUAUGCGAAUUGAAAGUGUGUGAAUCGAAUUUAUUCCUGUUUUAAAUUUUUGAUCUUUUAAUUUCGUAGUUACAUAUGAAUUCUUAAAUUAAACUUGCAUGCACAACAAAACCAAACUGCCUGCAAUGUAAAAUUUGUUAUUAUUUUUAUUAGUAAUUAAAGUAUGAAAAAUAAUGUUUUUCUGAUAUUUAAUGAAAGCUUGUGAACGCCGUUACCAAAUAUUAAGUUAUUUAUUAUUUAAAGAAAUUAUUCAUGAGGAACUUAUAUGAAAUAAAAAUUCAAUGCAAAGCAAGUAUUUAAAUCUGUAACUAAGUUGUUAUUUUAUAUCUAAAAUGUAUAUUUUGAAAUUCAGAAAAUUUUACCUAUACCAUUUUAUUACAUAAGAUAUUACUAAUAAUUAUUGAUUCACACACUCAACGAUAAAAUAUGUUUAUUUAUUAAGUUUUUGGCCGUUUUGUUGGUAGUCCGAAAUUGAACUCGUUAUCUGUUAAGUUUGUGUUUUUUAAGUCUACUGAGUGAUCGCAUGCAGUGACAGAUGGCGUACUGUAAGUGUAAGUAAAGCGUAGGGUGUUUUUCACACAAUAAUAUACUGUAUAAAAUGUUUAUUUCUUUGUAUUUAUGGGAGACCAAAGCCUUAUAAUUGAAAUAUAUAUCCAUUGUAACUUA